GUGCGCACGCGCGCCGGCAAGAUGGCGGCUGCGGCGGGACCGCUGCGGACCGUCCGCCGCCUCUGCCGCAUGCUGCUGUUCCUCUCUCAGUUCUACAUUCUGUCCGGCGGUGGUGAGUUCAAGGCCUGGGGCCGCAUCUGGGCGAGCUGGUGGCAGAAGGGUCUCAGGAGCUGCGCGCCCGGCACUGGGCAGACAGCUGAGGCCGGAUCCUUAAAUUUAGAGCAUUCGCAGCCGCUGGCUCAGGCAAUAAAGGAUCCGGGCUCAACACGCACAUUCACAGUAGUUCCCAGGGCAGCAGAAAGUACUGAAAUCCCACCUUACAUGAUGAAGUGUCCGAGUAAUGGUUUGUGUAGCAGACUUCCUGCAGACUGUAUAGACUGUGCGACCAAUUACUCCUGUGUUUAUGGGAAGCCUGUCACUUUUGAUUGUACAGUGAAACCCUCUGUUACCUGUGUUGACCAAGACUUCAAAUCCCAGAGGAACUUCAUGAUUAACAUGACUUGCAGAUUUUGCUGGCAGCUUCCUGAAACAGAUUAUGAGUGCUUCAAUUCCACCAGCUGCAUGGCAGUGGCCUGUCCUCGGCAGCGUUAUAUUACCAACUGUACAGUGCGGGACCACAUUCACUGCCUAGGUAACCGUACUUUUCCCAAAAUGCUUUAUUGUAAUUGGACUGGAGGCUAUAAGUGGUCAACUGCUCUGGCUCUAAGCAUCACCCUCGGUGGCUUUGGAGCAGACCGCUUCUACCUGGGUCAGUGGCGUGAAGGCCUCGGCAAGCUCUUCAGCUUCGGUGGCCUGGGAAUAUGGACACUGAUUGAUGUCUUGCUGAUUGGAGUUGGCUACGUGGGACCAGCAGAUGGCUCUUUGUACAUUUAACUGUGGUUAUGUGCUUCAGAGAGGAGCAGUGUUUAGAAAGUCCUUUGUCUUGUAGAAAUUGCUGUGAUACGAAUGGUCUAUUUAUGUUCUUAAUGUACAGCAUCUGUACUUUGCUUGCCUUGAUGAAGGUAAAAUAAAGAAAUGAAACACUGAAA